AAACGAGGAGCUCAUCAACGUUAAUGAAACCUACGGCCAGCCACCUGGCCAGGCUCAACCUAUUGGCUGCGACACAAAACGAUAAUGAAGCUACAAAAAGGCAAAAGCUUGAGAGCGGUUACUUGCGUAAGGUUGCUCAUUUGAAGCAUCAAACGUCGUUGUUGCACAAGUCGUCCCAGAAGGGUGGAUUAUCGUCUCCUGGUGCAAAAGCACUUCAUCAUUCUAAGUUAUGUGUCACCGUUCCAAGAGAGCCUCGACUAGAGACUCAUCGAAGGGCACAAUGGCGGAGGUUCAAGUCCAAAUAUGAUUUAACCUCAAGUGAUCAUAUUACAUCACAGAAACAAAUAUCAUCCAAAGUUCGGUCAUCCAAGAAAAAAAUUUUUGGGUCGCAUUCAACGCCUGAAUCCAAAAUAAGAACACAGAAAUCACCAAUAUCCCAAGAAUACAAAAGCUCAAAUGAGAAGAAGCUUUUACUACAUCCACCAAUUGAGUUAUUUAGCAAGUUGACCCUGAAAUGUGAAAUGAACAGUGAUGAAGAAUCUCAACCAAAACAACAUCAUUAGAAAAGGUGAAACUAAACCAACUUGGUCCAAAAAUGGUUGAUUUGUAUGUCAGCAUUGUAUUGUGAAAAUUAGAUUAUUAUUAAGAGGACUUGCAUGCUACAAAUUUAAUAUGUUCUUUUAUGUUUUAGAAUUUUAGGUUAUUAUUUCACCAAAGAUUUGGUGGAAUCCUGUCCUUAUGUAAAAAUGUAAGUUUGUUCAAUUUCUCAAAAUCAAGAACCCCAUUGAGGCUUCAGAGUUCAGAUCUCUUGGACUGAUAUUGUAUUAGAAGUUGGUGGUAUAAACCUCAAAGGUAAGCGUAGCUGAUAAUAUCA